AUGGCACAUUAUCGCCUCAGUAAUAAUACCAACGAUUCCUUGGAGGCGCACAGUUCAGUCCAGUACAACGACAGGCUGUAUAGCUCAGCAUCGCACGCUUUGGAGGACUACAUUAAAGAUUACAAUCUCAGUCUUGUGUCUCCAGAAAUAAAGCCUGGAAAAAUUCGUGUUAACCAGAGCACUCCUAGAGACUUCGGGCCUUCAAAGGAUUGUUUCCAGCAAAAAUAUGUUCUGGAGACCUUUAAGCGGCAUGCAGUAAAAGUUCCCGUUUCCCCCCUUUCGAGAAGAAGAAUUACUUGUGACUCGGACCUGCUGAGCCUCACCACCGACGAUCUCCUAGCCUUUCCUCCAGACGGUUCUGUGUCUUUUAACCAAGUUGUUGCCUUACGGCCAGCACAUCAGCAUAGCAAAUCAAAGAGGAAACCCCAGACUUCUGCCUCUUACGUUCGUCAUCGGGCCACAUCCUUUGGCAACGAAGGAGGGAUGAGUUUUCCGGGAGAUCCUGUUAUUUCCUCUUCAUACAAAGACUUCCGUAGAAACGUCCCCACACAACAUACGUUUCAUAAAUACAAUUCUGGCGCUUCAGUGCAUUCUCUGCAGAACCGCUUCGUUGAGCAGGAGGAGUCGGGCCCUGUGUCUCGUAAGAACUAUCCGAGGUGGCUCACGAGUCAAAAAUCUGACCUGAGUGUUUCGGGGAUCAGCAGCAUUCCCGAUUCCAAGUAUCCCACUUGGCUUGACAGCCAUAACCUCUUGCCAAAUUCAGCUAAUGAAAGUUUGUCCCAGACUGGUGAUGUUGACAUCGGUUCUUCCCACUUGAAAGAGAGCAAGAAGCUGAUAAAAUGCUCGGCCGAUCAAACGGCUCUAGACAUUCUGAACGCGACGGAGGAUGACCCCAAGGCACUCCUCCUGAAGGUGAAGAGAUCUCUAGAGUCCUCCGCCAAUGAAUUAUCCAGCUUCCUGAACAACGACAGCAGUCCUUGUACGGUGGACCUACUAGAGGCAGAAAGAUCAUGGGAUAAUGUUCCAGUUGGUUUGAAGUCUCCAGUGCCUGUACGUUGUGAAGAGAACUCUCCGCAACCAUCCAAAGCGAGCAUUGUUGAUGGAUUUUUAGAAGAUUGUCUAAAGAACAGCAGUGAGGAGAGCACUUUUUCCGGAGGGAAUCAUCACGGCCCGGUGGAAGCUCUGAAGCUGAUGCUGUUUAACCUUCAGGCGUUUCAGCAAAGCCUUAAGAAGACCGCCGAGCAAAACGAAGAGCCCAAAAAAACUUUAGAGGAGGAUGUUGAUUUGAAGCCAUGUGAUAUUGAUAGCAUCCCUGUAACAAGGUCCCUCGAGAGAGCUUUACACAAUUUGUCUCGGCUUAAAGGUCUGGUUGAAGAUACGUGCAGCAAAGAAGAGUCGAUAAAAUCAUAG